GGGGGCGUAGUUGAGGCGGAGCGGACUCCACCUCGGCCAAUCAUAAGCCGGCGGAAUAUUCCACUGUCCUCUCCGCAUUAGCGACGCCGUUAGCAACAAGUGGGGAGGAAGCAAGAGGGGGAGGGAGGCGGGAGAAGAAGAGAAGAGAGAAGGGGGAGGUUGGAAGCGAGCAAGAGAGAGAGAAGAGGGGGAGGAGGGGGGGAGGUUGGGAGAGGGAGAGGGAGGGAGACCGAGAGAGGAGAAGGAGGGGGAGGGAGAACUGACGUAAGCGGGGGAGUAUUAUGGUCUGUCGUGCGCUGGCUGCUGCUUUUCUGCUGCUGGAAGCGGCCAAGGGGGUAAGCGACGAGUCAACAUGGAGCUUUCUGCGGUCGGGGAGCGGGUGUUCGCGGCCGAAGCCCUCUUGAAGCGGCGCAUCAGAAAAGGACGAAUGGAAUACCUCGUCAAAUGGAAAGGCUGGUCUCAGAAGUAUAGCACCUGGGAACCGGAAGAAAACAUACUGGAUGCCCGACUUCUCGCAGCCUUUGAGGAAAGGGAACGAGAGAUGGAGCUGUAUGGCCCCAAAAAGCGGGGUCCCAAGCCCAAAACCUUCCUCCUCAAGGCACAGGCCAAGGCUAAAGCCAAAACCUAUGAGUUCCGGAGCGACUCAGCUCGGGGCAUCAGGGUUCCCUACCCAGGACGAUCUCCCCAGGAACUUGGCUCCACUUCUCGAGCUCGGGAGGGACUCCGAAACAUUACCCUGUCCCCACCUGGGAGCAGCAGCAGCACCAGUACCAGUAGCACCUGCAGAGGGGACUCAGCUCGGGAACGGGAACGGGACCGAGACCGGGGGACUGGGAGACCCGACGACAAACCAAGCUCCCCAGGGGAUAGCUCCAAGAAACGAGGUCCCAAACCCCGGAAGGACCUUCGGGACCCUUCCCAGAGGACCUCAGGGGAGCCAGGGGACAGUCUUGGGGACUACCUCAAAGGGAGGAAGAUGGAGGAUGCCCUCUCUGGGGCGAGCAAGUUCACAGCUGGACACAGUGUAAUCCAGCUGGCCCGAAGGCAAGACGCAGACCUGGCCUGCACAGUGGCUAGUCCCAGCGGAGGUGAGGCUGGGGGCAAACUGGCUGUGGACACCUACCCACCCCGAGUCAUAAAGCACAGGUCGGAUUUUUUGGAGGCCAAAGGCCAGAGUGGUUUGGAUUCUGGAGGCCCUCGGGUCCGACAUGGCUCUGGCAACCCAGGUUCAGUUGGGAGCUUGUAUCGGGACAUGGGGGCCCAAGGGGGUAGGCCCUCCUUGAUUGCCAGGAUCCCUGUAGCCAGAAUCCUUGGGGACCCUGAGGAAGAAUCCUGGAGCCCAUCCCUUACCAACCUGGAGAAGGUGGUGGUCACAGAUGUGACCUCAAACUUUUUGACCGUCACCAUUAAGGAAAGCAACACGGACCAAGGUUUUUUUAAGGAGAAAAGAUGAAUUUCUGGAGUCCAGCAGAGAGAAAGCAGGAGGGAGUGAGACACAGAGAGAAAGGAAAUUUGGCAUAGUACUUUUUAUUUCUGGAUGGGAUUUAGCCAAAACGCUGAUCCUUUCCUUUCAUACCCCUCCUCCUUCCCCAGUCCAUCCCCAGUAUUGGUUGGAAAGAUUAUCUCUAGAGUUAUAUUUUCUAUUAGAUGUAAAUAUGUUAUUUAAGAAAAUAUCUAAAUAUAUAUAUAUUUCAACUCUUGAAGUUGUUUUAUUUAAAACAAGAGACUGUGGAUUAGUUACCACCCAGAAUGGAAUACCACCCUGAAGACUUAACUGAGCUCCAGGCAGGAGGAAACCAACAUACAGACUUAAAUGAUGGUUAUACCCAAUUGUGUCCUUUUGACCUUUUUGAUUUCUGAUGUUCUGAUGCUUUGGAGUCACUGUGGAUGCUGAGAAGGCUGGGCGUUUGGAAGUAAAGGAAAAAACCUUGUGUAUGUGUAUACAGAAAUACUCCUGAAAGGCUGAGGGUUCCCUAAAAUGUGGAUUGUGAUUGGAGAUGUUGCUAAUGACAUGAUCCAGGGUGUGUUGCAGGCUAUCCCCUCUGACAGCUCGAUUGAAACCACAGCAAAGCACUUCUCUCUCCCUUUCUUCCCCUGGCCAGCUAGGGUCAAAAGCUUUUUCUUACCCUUAAGGAAAAAAAAACAAUUGGUCUUUAAAAAAGGAUUAAACAUCUGUUAGAGUGAAAAGUAUUCAUUUUAAUUACCCCCCUUUUUUUCCCCCUCUCCUGCUGAUGAAGGUGAGCUUGGGGAACAGGGGAUAUGUCCAAGGAACAAUACUAGAAAUGCACUUUAUAGGAGAUAAAGCAUAUAUUAUGUUCUGUGUGUAUAUAGACACGCAAAUAUAUAUUGUAUACCUACACAGUAUAUAUGCAUAAUCUCUUUUUCCCUUGGUUCCUUUCUUUACUCCAUAAAACAACAAACAAUGUGUUUACAUUCCCGAAAUGCCAGGAUAAAUUGGGAGAAUUGCCUGUCACUAUCCAGAGUGCAGGGACCAGCUCUCUUUUGCAAGAAAAGUGUUUUGGGUUUAAACUCCCCCACCCCCUUCUCCGAGUCUAUCCUCGGAGGGAGAGGAGGACCCAACUCCUAGGAAAAGUAUUAUGUCUUUCUUCUCUUUAGGGAUGCCGAAUCGCCCCCGCCCCCCAUUCCCCUCCGGCUUUCAGAGAGAAGUUGCUCUCACCCCACCCCCACCCCUGGCUGAGGCUCCCAUUGCUCGCUCAGCUGGAGCAGGGUGGGGGCGGGGCUGCAUGGAGGUGGGGGCGGUUGGGGAGGCUCUGCUUGUUCCGCUCCUCACCUUGCCCUGAACCUCGGGAUGGAACCCCUGCGUUUCGUCUGGACUCAGAGUUGGAAGAGAUUGUAUCUUCGAGGCUCAGACAGGAGGAGGGGAAGAAAGAGAAAUGCAGUGUUUCCAUCCAAGAAUGUGCACCAGAACUUUUACUGUUUUUUUUUUUCCCUUUCUUAAAAGCAAAGGCUAUAAUUUAUAGGCUUUUUCGAUUCGUGGAGUGUUCUCUAUUUGAACUCUGUAUUCAAACUCGGCCAAGGAGGGGAGGAAGGGGAGGAGAAAGGAGGUUGAUUUGGAAAAACUGCUAGAGAUGGAAGAGGGAAGUGUGUAUACAUAUACAUACAUAUAUAUAUAUAAUAUGUCUGAAUACAUAUAUAAGUAUGUAUCCAUAUCUCCAUCCAUCCGUAUAUAUAUAUGUAUGUAUAUAUAUCGUGGUAUAUAUGUCUAUAUAUUAUCUCUCUAUAGGCAUCAUUCAGACCUAACUGCGGCUCACAGUCUCCAGGUAUUUGGUCAUCUGUUGGUUUAAAAGCACAAACCUGUACCACAAUCAAAGAGCGAAUACCGACCCCAGCCUCUGGCCCCCUUCCGGUCCUUCUUCUGUGCUACCAGGACCCGUGAAGCCCAGAAAUGGAGGGCUUUUCCAUUGGGGAGCUUGGGGGCCCGGGUCGGGGUUCCGUGCCAGACCGAAGCACAGAUUCAGGACCAGCCUGAAGUUAGAGAGGCUGAGAUGGGGCGGGGAAUGGGGAUGGCUCCUGAGGUGGGGCAAGUGCGGAGAUCCUUCACGGGUUUCUUCCUCUUCCUUCACUUGACACUUCCUCCUCCCUCUUCCAGGUUCUCUCCUCUUCUCUUGUCUUUCUGACACUUGAAGGACAAAAGGGAAGACAAAAGUAAUAGAUGCAGUUUUGUUUCAAGUUGAAAAUUGCAAAUUGCGCCUGUACAGAAGAGCCCCCAGAAUGGGCUUUUUUACCUGAUCAUAUUUGUAAAAUUGGUCUUUGAAACUUAGUUUGUAUAAAGAACCGACGUGAGCAAGUGUAUCUUCUUAAAUGUCGAUGCUAUUUUUAGCUGAAACAAUACAAGGGACAUGUAUGUUACCAUGUGUAUGAUAACUUGGGGAUGCGUUGAGGUUAUUCAAACUGCCCUUUCCCCUUCUUUUCCCUUGUUCUUUUCCUUUCCCCCUUCCCCUUCCUCCCUUUCUCCCAGCCGGAGUUUCUCAUUCCCUGUACCCUCCAUCUCGCAAACCUGGUUCAGACACACCGGUGGUUCAAGCCCUUUCUGUUCAGGCGUCUGUGUGUGCGUGUGUAUGUGUGUCCAAUUCACACCGCUGUACUGCGAUCCAGAUCAGGGGUGGGGGUGGGGUGGGGAGGGGGAGGUGGGGAGGGAUCCAGGGGAGCCUUAUGUAUGUAGGUCUCUACAUAUAUGCUGAAUGUGUGUUUGGUUUAUUUAAUUCUUAAGAUUUGUACAAAUCUCCAAAUCGAUCUCCGCCUCAGAGCUAAAAAGUGAAACUUCAACACGUUAUCUUCUGCAAUUCUGAAUGUCUAUAUCCAAUACCCGCUUUUUAUGUGUUUAAAUAUAUACUUUGUAAAUAGA